AUGGCUUCCCCGCGGAGCCUCGGACAGCUCGGGCCGCCGCCGCCGCCGCCACCGCCGCCGCCCGCGCGCCUGCUGCUGCUCCUGCUGCUGCCGCUGCUGCUGCCGCUGGCGCCAGGGGCCUGGGGCUGGGCGCGGGGCGCCCCCCGGCCGCCGCCCAGCAGCCCACCGCUCUCCAUCAUGGGCCUCAUGCCGCUCACCAAGGAGGUGGCCAAGGGCAGCAUCGGGCGCGGCGUACUUCCCGCGGUCGAAUUGGCCAUAGAGCAGAUCCGAAACGAGUCGCUCCUGCGCCCCUACUUCCUCGACCUGCGGCUCUAUGACACGGAGUGUGAUAAUGCAAAAGGAUUGAAAGCCUUCUACGAUGCAAUAAAAUAUGGGCCAAACCACUUGAUGGUGUUUGGAGGCGUCUGUCCAUCUGUUACAUCCAUCAUCGCAGAGUCCCUCCAAGGCUGGAAUCUGGUGCAGCUUUCCUUUGCAGCAACCACACCUGUCCUGGCUGAUAAGAAAAAAUACCCUUACUUCUUCCGGACUGUCCCAUCAGACAACGCGGUGAAUCCAGCCAUCCUGAAGCUGCUAAAGCACUUCCAGUGGAAGCGCGUGGGCACACUAACCCAAGACGUGCAGAGAUUCUCCGAGGUGAGGAAUGACCUGACCGGGGUUCUGUACGGUGAGGACAUCGAGAUUUCAGACACCGAGAGCUUCUCCAAUGACCCCUGCACCAGUGUCAAGAAGCUUAAGGGCAAUGAUGUGAGGAUCAUCCUGGGCCAGUUUGACCAGCAUAUGGCAGCAAAAGUGUUCUGUUGUGCAUAUGAGGAGAACAUGUAUGGCAGCAAAUACCAGUGGAUCAUCCCGGGCUGGUAUGAGCCUUUCUGGUGGGAGCAGGUGCAUACAGAGGCCAACUCAUCCCGUUGUCUCCGGAAGAAUCUCCUUGCUGCCAUGGAGGGCUACAUGGGUGUGGACUUUGAACCCCUGAGCUCCAAGCAGAUCAAGACCAUCUCAGGAAAGACGCCGCAGCAGUACGAGAGAGAGUACAACAACAAGCGGUCAGGUGUGGGGCCCAGCAAGUUCCACGGGUAUGCCUACGAUGGCAUCUGGGUCAUCGCCAAAACGCUGCAGAGGGCCAUGGAGACGCUGCACGCCAGCAGCCGGCACCAGCGGAUCCAGGACUUCAACUACACAGACCGCACCCUGGGCAGGAUCAUCCUCAACGCCAUGAAUGAGACCAACUUCUUCGGGGUCACGGGUCAAGUUGUGUUCCGGAACGGGGAAAGAAUGGGGACCAUUAAAUUUACUCAAUUUCAAGACCGCAGGGAGGUGAAGGUGGGAGAAUACAACGCAGUGGCUGACACGCUGGAGAUCAUCAACGACACCAUUAGGUUCCAAGGAUCCGAACCCCCAAAAGACAAGACCAUCAUCCUAGAGCAGCUCCGGAAGAUCUCCCUACCUCUCUACAGCAUCCUGUCUGCCCUCACCAUCCUGGGGAUGAUCAUGGCCAGCGCUUUUCUCUUUUUCAACAUCAAGAACCGGAAUCAGAAGCUGAUAAAAAUGUCGAGUCCAUACAUGAACAACCUCAUCAUCUUGGGAGGAAUGCUCUCCUAUACAUCCAUCUUUCUCUUUGGCCUUGAUGGAUCCUUUGUCUCUGAAAAGACCUUCGAAACACUUUGCACUGUCAGGACCUGGAUUCUCACCGUGGGCUACACAACUGCCUUCGGGGCAAUGUUUGCAAAGACAUGGAGGGUCCAUGCCAUCUUCAAAAAUGUGAAAAUGAAGAAGAAGAUCAUCAAGGACCAGAAACUGCUUGUGAUCGUCGGGGGCAUGCUGCUGAUUGACCUGUGCAUCUUGAUUUGCUGGCAGGCUGUGGAUCCCCUGAGAAGGACGGUGGAGAAGUACAGCAUGGAGCCGGACCCAGCAGGACGAGACAUCUCCAUCCGCCCUCUCCUGGAGCACUGUGAGAACACCCACAUGACCAUCUGGCUUGGCAUCGUCUAUGCCUACAAGGGGCUUCUCAUGUUGUUCGGUUGUUUCCUAGCCUGGGAGACCCGCAAUGUCAGCAUCCCCGCGCUCAACGACAGCAAGUACAUCGGGAUGAGCGUCUACAACGUGGGGAUCAUGUGCAUCAUCGGGGCCGCCGUCUCCUUCCUGACCCGGGACCAGCCCAACGUGCAGUUCUGCAUCGUGGCCCUGGUCAUCAUCUUCUGCAGCACCAUCACCCUCUGCCUGGUGUUUGUGCCCAAGCUUAUCACUCUGAGAACAAAUCCAGAUGCAGCAACUCAGAACAGACGCUUCCAAUUCACUCAGAAUCAGAAGAAAGAAGAUUCUAAAACAUCCACCUCUGUCACCAGCGUGAACCAAGCAAGCACAUCCCGCCUCGAGGGCCUGCAGUCCGAAAACCAUCGCCUGCGAAUGAAGAUCACAGAGCUUGAUAAAGACUUGGAAGAGGUCACCAUGCAGCUGCAGGACACGCCAGAAAAGACCACCUACAUCAAACAGAACCAUUACCAAGAGCUCAACGACAUCCUCAACCUGGGGAACUUCCCCGAGAGCACAGAUGGAGGAAAGGCCAUUUUAAAAAAUCACCUCGAUCAAAAUCCCCAGCUGCAAUGGAACACAACAGAGCCGUCGAGAACAUGCAAAGAUCCUAUAGAAGAUAUAAACUCCCCAGAACACAUCCAGCGCCGGCUGUCCCUCCAGCUCCCCAUCCUCCACCACGCCUACCUCCCAUCCAUUGGAGGUGUGGACGCCAGCUGUGUCAGCCCUUGCGUCAGCCCCACGGCCAGCCCCCGCCACAGACACGUGCCACCCUCCUUCCGAGUUAUGGUCUCGGGCCUGUGA